CAGAGAAAAGAAUAGCAACACCAACAAGCAAUCCAGGCACCGAUACGUAAUAAACUGGAACGACGAGACCUUUCUCGCCACUCCACACAUCGCAUCGCACCGGCCAGAGCGCGGCGGAAUCAAGCAGAGACACGUGGAAAUUUCCUUGCAAAGUCAACCAGAUCAGGAGACACAGUGGUAGCAGCGCACACCCCACUCUGCUCCUGCACGAAGCACCGCAAGGUCCGCAAGCCCCGGAGCCGGCGACGAAGCCGGAGGAGCUCCAAGCUCUCUGAGAAGAGACGAUGUCUGCAGCCGCCGCCGUCUCCUCCUCGUCCUCGCCGCGAAGGUUGGAAGGAAAGGUCGCGCUUGUUACCGGUGGAGCUUCAGGUAUCGGCGAAGCCAUUGUUCGCCUCUUCAGACAGCACGGCGCGAAGGUCUGUAUCGCAGACGUCCAGGACGAGGCCGGCCAGCAGGUCCGCGACUCCCUCGGAGACGAUGCCGGCACGGAUGUCCUGUUCGUCCACUGCGAUGUCACGGUGGAGGAAGACGUGAGCCGAGCCGUGGACGCCGCGGCCGAGAAGUUCGGCACCCUGGACAUCAUGGUCAACAAUGCCGGCAUCACCGGCGACAAGGUCACGGACAUCCGGAACCUCGACUUCGCCGAGGUCAGGAAGGUGUUCGACAUUAACGUGCACGGCAUGCUGCUGGGGAUGAAGCACGCGGCGCGCGUCAUGAUCCCGGGCAAGAAGGGGUCCAUCGUCUCGCUGGCGAGCGUCGCCAGCGUCAUGGGAGGGAUGGGGCCUCACGCGUACACGGCGUCGAAGCACGCCGUGGUUGGCCUCACCAAGAGCGUGGCCCUGGAGCUGGGCAAGCACGGCAUAAGGGUGAACUGCGUGUCCCCCUACGCCGUGCCGACCGCGCUCUCCAUGCCGCAUCUGCCCCAGGGGGAGCACAAGGGUGAUGCCGUGAGAGAUUUCCUGGCCUUUGUUGGAGGUGAAGCCAACUUGAAAGGCGUGGAUCUGCUGCCCAAGGAUGUUGCUCAGGCAGUGCUUUACUUGGCUAGCGAUGAAGCGAGGUAUAUCAGUGCGCUCAACCUCGUGGUGGACGGUGGAUUUACGUCUGUGAAUCCAAAUCUGAAAGCAUUUGAGGACUAGUGCAGGUUUUUAGCUACCUUCUGAUUUCAUGGACCUUGAUCAAUUGCCUGUAUUAAUUAAGUAUGUCAAUAAGGUGGAUAACCAUAUGUAAAAUUGGAUAAUGAUUAUGUAUCAGUGUUUAAGGGCAGUUUUGAUUCUUACAUCAGUACUAUUCUUA